AUGCCUCUUACGCAGGUGCUGUCAUCCAAGCGAAUUCCUGUGUACGAGUGUCUUUUGCAUAAACGGGAACUCUGCAGCAAUGUUCUGAACGCCCUAUGGAUAGAAGCCAUGGAGGAGAUUGAUAUUCCCGUGGAGAAGGACUCACAGGUCUUCCCUGGGUUAGAGGAGGACAACAUGAAUUCCUGCUUAUUGGGAAUGAAAGUACUGACUGCCGAGAAUGUAAGGCAGAUCUAUCCUACCUUCCGUGCAAAGUUGCUACAGAACGCCUUCUCGCCACGGUUCAAAAAGAGGUUGAAGGAGAUACUGAAUUGA